AAACGAUAUUCACAAGGUAAUCGUCGGUACUCCACUGGACGCUGCCUCGAUUGACUCAUUAGCCCCAAAAAACGAGGGAAGCGCGAAGCCUUGAUUCCCUCCUCCACUCCUAUAUAUCGAGCUCGAUUUCGAUCCUUUGAACGAAACCCUAGAGGUGGGGGGAAAAAAAUUCCAAUGGCGCUUCGAUCCAAUCUCUUCCUGUCUCAUCAUCUUCCCAAUCUCGGUCCCUCCUCAAACUCCAAUCCACUGUCUCCUUCCUUCUGCAUUCCUUGCUCACAAUUCCCGUUCCCUCGCCAUCCAAUUCAAGUUUUAGGUGGUUUAAAAAGAAAGGAGGGAAGUGGAGUUGCUGUUAAGCGGAAUUUGCCAAUUUUCGCCGCUGCGCAAAAAGGAGAAAAUGAGAGUGAUGUUGUGAAAGAGAGGAGCGUGUCUGUGGUUUUAUUGGCCGGAGGAGUAGGGAAGAGAAUGGGGGUAGGCAUGCCAAAGCAGUAUCUUCCUCUGUUAGGUCAACCAAUCGCAUUAUACAGUUUCGAUACAUUCUGUGGAAUGAAUGAAGUGAAAGAAAUAGUUGUUGUAUGUGAUCCAUCCUACACGGAUGUAUUUGAAGAUGCAAGUGACAAGAUACCAGUAGAUCUUAAAUUUGCACUUCCUGGAAAGGAGAGGCAAGAUUCUGUUUUCAAUGGGCUUCAGGAAAUUGAUGGAAGUUCAGAACUUGUCUGCAUUCAUGACUCUGCGAGGCCUUUAGUCUCAUCUGUCCAUGUCAAAAAGGUUCUUAAAGAUGGUUGGCUGCAUGGGGCAGCUGUUCUUGGAGUUCCUGUAAAAGCUACCAUAAAAGAGGCUAACAGCGACUCUUUCAUAGUGAAGACCCUUGAUAGAAAAACACUUUGGGAGAUGCAAACACCACAGGUCAUGAAGCCUGAAUUGCUUCGAAAGGGCUUUGAGUUUGUCAAUAGGAACCAGCUUGAAGUUACGGACGAUGUAUCAAUAGUGGAGCACUUAAAACAUCCUGUUUAUAUCACAGAAGGCUCUUAUACGAACAUAAAGGUGACAACUCCAGAUGAUCUGUUAUUAGCAGAGAGGAUAUUGAAUAUUGAAGCGGCAGUACCUGCAUAAUCCUACAGGAUGAUGGUCGCCUUGUUCAUGGAUUCCUUGAAGAAAAUUGUUGUAUUCAAUUGUUUAUCAGGAUUUCACUGGUUUUAAAAAAAUUGUGACAUUUUACGUUCCAGUGGGGAAUUAUUAAAUUGCUUGAUUAAAUGAUGAGAGAAACAAAGCCAAUUACAUAUAUUGAAUUUUUCAUUUCGGUCUAA